AUGACCCCGACCGACCGAGCUACGACUCCGAACGAGAGCGCCCAGCUCGAACAAUUGAGCGAACGGAUGCAGGGACUAGCUAUUCAGACAUCCGUAUACGAUAAAGUUGAUGUUACCCUUUGGGGGCAAGACAUCAAACCUGACGAGGAAGAUGAGAUCGCAGUUACGACGUACGCCGCUAGGUUCAUGUCCAAUGCCCAAUUCGAACGCCUAGAAGGAGACAACAUCCUUGACCACUUCCAACAACACUUCGAAGGCUGGAACCAAGACACAUGGAACCGGGUACAUAUGGACUACAAGAGAGCCCUCAGAUUACUUCUAAGGAGACGUGGCAUCUAUACAGGACGGGAAAAUGGCCCUUUUGCACCCCAGUUCAUCAUGUUGCAAACUGUGGAGGACCGACCUGCAUGGCCAGAACGAGAGUACAUGGAGACCGAUUUCGACAUUGGGACAACCGCUCAUAAGUUACGAGCAGCAGGAUCAAAGGCUCUAACUUCUCCCCGAGAACCCCAGUCGCCAUCGGUAGCAACAUCUCGUUACGAUCUUAACAAACAACCCCCCAUUAAGACCUUAACGAAGCCACCUGCCCAGAAGCCCACCGCUGAGGCACUACCGACAACAUCACCUCCUACGACUUCCGCGCUGACCACCCAAGAUGCACCUAACCUAACCUCUCUUACAGCCCAUCCGACAACCCACCGCUUCAAGCACCCCGAACUCGUCCAAUCCGCCCACAACCCCCCACCCGACCCUCCAUCCGAGCCUAUGCACCCUGAAGCAUAUACAAAACUUCCCCCGGAUGAUACCCCGAAUGCCCCUGUUGAUGCAGAUACCCAAUAUAUGUUCAUGAAGUGUCACGGCGAGCGAAAGGAGACUGCAGACAAAGCUAGCAAGAUACUCUGUAACGAAAGAAUACUAAGAUGA